GACGAGCUCCUAAAGUUCAAGAUCAAGUCUAUCAUUGACCCUGACGCACACAUCUAAUUUACAAUGGUCUAGUGAAAGUUGCAUCAAAAAUUACCUAAUAUUCAUUCCCAAAUCUUGCAAUAAUAAACAACCCAAAUUUAAUCGAAAUUCGAAAGUCUCUACUGAUAGUAGCUAAAAAGUGACAGUUUGCAGUGAUAUAAUUCUCGGAUUUUGUCCAACUUUCAAAAAAAGAUUAUCACAAAAUAGCUAAUUACGAUGCACAAGUGGUGUGAGUCGAAAUUCGUUGGGCAAUACCAUCGAUUUCCAAUUACAUCCGUCUCGUCAUUACUUUCUUACUUGGAGGCAUGUGAAUAAUAAUGGAAAAGGUCGUCAAGGCUGGAAAAUCGAGCAAACCUCCCAAAAAUCCCAACCAACUUGUUAUAUCACGGCUUCUGCCAAUCAGUGAGAGUAAAUGCACACAUGCCUUCGGUCCUCAGCGUACGAUUUGUGACAGAAAAGGAAAACUCUACCACUACGUGUACAGUUUAUUCAAUUCACUUUCAAGUGCCGGUGGAUUCCUGUAAUAACUAUUCGAGCAUUCUGAUGAAAGAAUGCCAGUAGGUAAGGUGUACGACGUAGUGGUGGCUAGUUGACGAGCAAUCAGUGACGAGUGAUAACAUGGUGUAGAGAUAGGAUUUUGAAGCAAUUUUGCUAUGCAGAAUAGAUUAUUAAUUAGAAGUCUGCUGUUGUUUUUAAUAACAACCUGUUUUGCCCUGGCGCUCCAGUCGUCAGCCCCCAACAAAAACAAUGUCCCGAACCAAGAAAUUGCGCGCGAUAAACGCCUCAUUUUUAAGAAGAAAAGCAGUCCGGGAUUUUUUCGAACCCUAUUUUCGGUAGUAUAUGAGCAAUGGGCAGACACGAAAAAUACAAUAAGUAACGUAAGCAGACUAAUUAAUGAUAAUUUCGCCCCGGAAAAUGCUCCGUUGAAAGUUUCGACCACUACGGUGAGUAGUGAUCCGAAUGCUACGACAACGGAAGCUCCCUUUAAGAUAACCCGGAGUGAGUUUAACCGGAUCCUCCGGAGGAAUUUGCGGGGUUUGGUCCGCCUGUUCAAUAUCGAAUUACAAGACGCUUUGAAGGUUUCCGAAAAAAAUUGGGCCGAGUAUCAGAAAAAUGCGUCGUUAGAAAUUUCGAAAUUUUUGUAAAUGGGAAGGAAAUGUUGCCAGAUUGUCUGUGAUAAAAUGUAGAAUUAUGUGGAUUGCUCAAUUUAAGUUAUGGUCGUUAGCUUAGUUUACAAAAUCAUGACUAUUUAUUGCUUGAGUUUUAGCGACUGCACUAUUUUGUAAUUUUAAUUUAUUUAAUUUGUAAAUAAAUAUAACUAAAGCGA